AUGCCCCUUCUUUACGGAGAGGGCGACAUGGCGUUCGUACGUCUGCAACUGGAGAUCAUCAAGGAAACAACUGACCAAAAACGGUCCUCUUCGGAGUUUCGGAUGACCAACAGGGGCUUCCGAAUCAAUCUAUCUCUUCUCCUGCUGUCUGAGUUUGAGAGCGGAUCGCACAACGCGCCCAACUGCUACUACGCGCUGUUGAAUGUUUUUAACGAUCAAGAUCGCAGGAUCUGUCUUCCGCUGUUUUCGAACAACUCUCCUUCGGGCGACGAGUAUGUCAGGUCUCCCUCUGGGCCAGUGGCGCUCUCCGAAAGUAGCCUCAAUAGCCUGGGAGAGGCUAACUAUGAGGAGCUGGUCAUCGUGCGAGAGCCUUCAUGGGAGCGAUCACUGGCCGCAGGCGCCUGGCAAAUAUCUAUCACGAACCCUCCUACGAGAUCCCUCCUAGGCGCCCCUCCGAUAAACAUUGUCGAAACGUUUCCUCCGAUGAUGUCUUCGAAGCAUGAAAAGGGUACAUUUACCACUGUCAUCACCAUGCCACCGCCUGCCAACGUCCCAGGAAGCCCCCAUGAUAAGCCUUGGCAGUUCUUCUUGCGUUGCACCUAUCCAAGUUGCGGCGAUCCGUUCCCAGUCGGCGAACGAGAUUUUGCUUUGGUCUUUGAACUACCUUCGAGCCAAGGGGCCCCUCGGGGACCACUACAACCGUACGUGAUCGAUUGGGAAAAGCUCCCUCUCGCGCUACGGAAGGAUGAUGAGGGCAUAAGCCAGGAAGGUCCGUACUCGUCUUUGGCCGAAGCCAUCCUCUCUGGCGCCCGCUUCUACGGUCUGGAAUACGCUGAAAAGCGAGCCUGGUCCAAAGAGGGCGAGUUCAUCGCAGAUCGCCGGCCUCUUAGAGCGGCGGCACAUUCAAGGCCACAUGGUUUGAUGUGGUAUGAUAUAAUAACGACUGAGUGGCUUCGUCCCAACGGAGACCGACACUUAUAUGGAAGGACUUUGUCAAGGGCAUUUACGUCAUAG